GUCAAGUUACCCAACUACUUCACCUUCCUUUUCUUUGGAGAUUUUUCAUUUUAGUUUCUUCUUCUUCUAAUUCGUGCCUAUCGCUUGAGCACUUGACAAUUCCCCAGUUGUCUUAUUUGCAUUGCUUGGUUUCAAUGCUUCGUUUCCACUUGGGUUAUCCUUUAGAGCUCUAACGACUAUAUCCUAACGACGAAUCGUGCCCCCUGCCUUAGCCCUUCGCACAUAAUUGUGUUAAUAUUUGUUGGAUUACAUUCAUCAUGGGUGUUCCAAAGUUUUUCCGUUGGUUGAGCGAGCGGUAUCCCGCGAUCUCAAUGUUGAUCGCAGAGAACCGCAUACCCGAGUUCGACUGCUUAUACCUCGACAUGAAUGGUAUUAUACACAACUGUACACACAAGGACAGUGAUUCGCCAACUUUCCGUAUGACGGAAGACAAGAUGUUUAUUGCUAUAUUCAACUAUAUCGAGCAUCUGUACGGGAAAAUAAAGCCAAAGAAGCUUUUCUUCAUGGCAGUCGACGGUGUGGCUCCGCGCGCAAAAAUGAAUCAGCAGCGCGCCCGACGAUUUCGAACAGCGUUAGAUGCUGAGGUAGCGAAAGAGAAGGCUAUUCGGGAGGGGAUUGAAAUGCCCAAGGAGGAUCCAUUCGACAGUAACUGCAUCACACCCGGCACGGAAUUCAUGGCACGGUUGACGCAGCAGCUGAAGUAUUUCAUCAGCAAGAAGGUAUCUGAGGAUAAAGAUUGGCAGGGAGUUGAUAUUGUACUUUCUGGGCAUGAGGUACCUGGAGAGGGAGAGCACAAGAUUAUGGAGUAUAUUCGCCGUGCGAAGGCGCAGCCUGGAUAUGAUUCCAACGUUCGACACUGUCUUUAUGGACUCGAUGCAGAUUUGAUUAUGCUGGGGUUGCUCAGUCAUGAUCCUCAUUUUUGCCUUCUUCGUGAAGAGGUAACAUUCGGCCGGCAAGUCCAAAAGAAGCCGAAAGAACUCGAGCAUCAGAACUUCUAUCUCUUGCAUCUGUGCAUGGUCAGGGAAUACUUGGAGCUAGAGUUUCAAGAAUUGCAACAGGAGGGUGCUUUCGGCUUCCCUUUCGACAUGGAACGGGUGAUUGACGACUUCAUUCUUAUGGCUUUCUUCGUUGGAAAUGAUUUCCUACCUAAUUUACCGAACCUUCAUAUCAACGAGGGCGCAUUGGCCCUGAUGUUCAAAAUUUACAAGGAUACUUUGCCUAAGAUGGGAGGAUAUAUCAAUGACCAGGGUGUCAUCAACCUGGAGCGGCUGGGUAUGCUUAUUGGAGCGUUCAGUGACGUUGAAUACCGUUUCUUCGAAGCUGAAUACUCUGACGCUGCGUGGCUGCGGGCGAAGAAAAAUGGUAUUGAUCUUGCGGAGGAUCAAUCUAGAUCAAGAGGACUUACAAUCACUCCCGCGCAGAAGGAUAUAUUGAAAGAAAUCAAGAAAUACGUUUUCAACCGGCCCGGAAAGGCCUCUGAAACAAAGCCUCUUGAUCUACCAACGACACUGCCAGCCGCAGAUCGUAAGUUUGUGGAACAACUUGCCGGCGACCUGCGAUUGCAGUGCACUACUCCCACUGAUGGCAACGGUGACCGCUUCAUAAGACUUCAAAUACCCACAAAUGAGGACAAUGAUGAUGAAGAGGAGGAAGAGGAGGAGGCUUCUAUGGCCGUUCGCCGUAUAAUCAAAAAAUACGAUAAUGCUAAGGUUCAAGAACUUACGGCGGAGGAAGUACAGGAAGAGGCGGAUAAGAAAUAUCAAAGAAAAUUCCAGGAGUGGAAGGACAAAUACUAUCAGACAAAGUUUGGCUGGGGCCUUGAUAAUGAAGAGGAAAUGAAAAAACUGACCGAGAACUAUGUCCAAGGCUUGCAAUGGGUGCUGUUCUAUUAUUACAGAGGCAUCGCAUCUUGGCCAUGGUUCUUCAGAUAUCAUUACGCUCCAAUGAUCUCUGAUGUGAAAAAGGGCCUCGGUGCUGAUACGAACUUUGAACUCGGGCAACCAUUCCGACCAUUUGAACAGCUCAUGGGUGUCCUUCCCGAUCGAAGCAAACAGAUAGUGCCCGCAGCAUUCCGAGAAUUGAUGACAUCGCCGGAAUCUCCGAUCAUUGACUUUUAUCCUCGUGAUUUUGAACUUGACAUGAACGGGAAAAAGAUGGAGUGGGAGGCUGUCGUGAAGAUUCCAUUCAUUGAUGAGAAACGCUUGUUGGGUGCAAUCGCGACAAAGCAACAUCUUCUGACUCCCGAAGAAAUAGCACGCAACGACUUUGGUGUUAGUCUGAAGUUCACAUAUUCCCCGGAAGUGGCAUACGUUUAUCCCUCCUCUCUCCCGGGCAUCUUUCCAGAUAUUCCCAACUGCCAUUGUAUCGAGAACGUCUUUGAAUUGCCCGCUAUGGAUGGCUUAGAGCCGCAUGCUGGAUUGGUCGAUGGUGUACAACUAGGCGCAUCCGCUCUUGCUGGCUUCCCCAGCUUGAAGACUUUACCACAUGUCGGUCAACUGGGCUUCCAUGGGGUGUCUGUUUUUCAACAACAAAGUCGCAAUGAGAGCAUGGUUGUCACGAUUCUGGAUCCUGGAAGCCGAUCAAGCAUCGAGCUGGCGAAAGCAAAGAUUGGACAACGAGUGUAUGUGGGGUAUCCGUUCCUGCAGGAGGCACUUGUGGUCCGAGUUUCCGAUGAAUUGUUUGAUUACACAAUCCCCGAGGGAGAGCAGCAGGUCGCCUCCACUCCUCACAACCAAUUCGAAAUCGAUCAGUGGCAGAAGAAGGCCGAAAGAAUUGAAGGAUUCUAUAGUAAAAGGCUUGGGAUCAUCACCGGCCCCGUUGAAUCAAUGGUACAUAUUCAGCUCCUCAAAGGUUUGAUCAAAACCGACGAGGGUGCUACUAUCAAGGAAUUCGCCGAAAUUCCCGGGCAGGAAACGGACUAUGCUCUUCAGCUGAUUGUCGACGAAGUGGUUAACCCUGAUGAACGGUUUAUUGAACGGGAAGCUCUUCCCAUUGAAGAAGAAUUUCCGCAGGGCUCUAGGGCAUUUUUCCUAGGAGAAUUCAAUUAUGGCAGACCAGUUCAUAUCACCGGCCACGAGAAUGGGAAAGUAAACGGACUGAUAGCUUCCGUGAAGGGCCGAGAGCCGGAUUUUGGAAAGGAGCGUGCCAGGGAAGCCUCAAGGCUUUCCCCAUACAUGCCCUCUUAUGCAAUUGCACGAAAUCUUCGCCUUAACCCCCUGGUGUUGGCAAAAAUAACUUCUUCGUUUUCAGUUGACGUUGACGGGCAACGUUUUAACCUUGGGUUAAAUUUGAAGUUCGAGGCGAAGAAACAGAAAGUACUCGGAUAUUCCCAUCGCGGCGAAUCUGGUUGGGAAUUCAGCCAGAAAGCCGUUGAUUUGAUCGUGCAGUAUAUGAUCAAAUUCCCGGAAUUUUUCGCUGGUAUUCAGCGCAACCCACAGGUGAACCGCUAUAAGCCGACCGAUUUCUAUCCUGAAGAGAUUGCGAUUUCAAAAAUGAAGGAGAUUCAAUCUUGGUUGAAGGAAAUCCAGUCAAAGAGCUUUGAGAGGGUCCCUCUAGAUGCGGAACAAUUUGACUCUGAUAUCGUCAAACAAGUUGAACAAGACGCAGAUCGAUUUGUCAGCGCUUCAUUACAAAUACAGCCGAAAAAGCUCAGAGGAGUUCCUCGGAGUGCACUCCUCAAGCCUUCGGAUGCCGAACAACGACUUGGAAACCAGAAGUUUUCUCUGGGGGAUCGUGUUGUUUACGCUCAAGACUCCGGGAAAGUGCCCAUUGCUACACGGGGAACUGUGGUAGGGAUCACACGAACGCCACGGACAAUUUUGCUUGACAUUGUCUUCGACGUAUCAUUCAUGAGCGGCACGACGUUAGGGGAUAGAUGCUCUCCAUUUAGAGGACAAACAGUUCCGGCUUUCUCUGUUCUGAACGUCACCUACAGACAGCUAGUUACCGGUACACGGGCUGCCGCAAGCCAUCAAGCUCAACUCCAGCCGUCGCCGUUGACUGAUACAGGAUAUGGUGCUCCGGUGGGCCCAAGUGGAAAGGGUCAGCUGAAAAAUGCACCGACUCCUCCUCCAUUAAGGGGUUCUUUCCGGGGCGCCAUUGUUGGCCAGAAUGGUGUGAGAGGCGCUACCUCGGGAUUCCGUGGCGGGCGUGGUAGUCUGAAUGAAGGAUCCGUGCAGACGACGUUACCUUUCCGGCCACACCUGAAUGGUGGAGGGCAACAGACCCAUCCGCCGCAGCGAGGCAGCAGAGGCCGGGGUGCGGAUGGUGGCCGUGGUGGUCGUGGUGGCACGACCUACACCAGAGGAGGAUAUAUCUCUGUCGACAAUGGUGACCCUAAUGCUGGUGUGGUGCAAAAUAACCCGAACUUCAGACCGAAGAAUUAUUCUCAAGUGCCGCCUCCUCAGGAUUUGAACCGCAAUAAACGUGGCAGAGGUGGUUUCAAUUCCCGCGCUUCAGAACGCGGAAACGGACACAGAGGUAGGGGUUCAUUUCGAGGAAGAGGUGCUGCUGCUGUUGAAAGUUCCUAAGUAAAUGGACUAUUUCUUGUCUUUAUAGCCUGCUAGUACUGUGCUAUAGUUCAAUGUCUGCUGAAUGAUUCCCCUGGCGUUGAUUAAUGUGGAUGGGUUUCCGUUUACAUAUUUCAGUGCAUUGCAUGGAUGGAUACCCUCUAUGGAUAUUGCUACUCUCCGAUAUGGCUUAUUCUACGUUCAUUAACUGAUGCUUGCUUACUGUGAAUAAAGUGAUGAUGAAGUUUGGCAGGCAGUGCACAAUUACAGCUGCUAAUCUUGACC